AUGGUUGCUUCCCAAUGUUUGCAAAUGACCGGAAACACCACAAGGAAGACUGUAGAUCAUCAUGUUGAGCUUGACUUUGACUUUUCUGAUGUAUUUGGUGCGCCACCUCAACUACCUUCUGCACCCAACACAAAUGGAUUAGUAUACGAUGAGCCAGAAGUAAUUUGUAGCCGAUCCCAUUCAUUAGUGGGUCCCACAACUUUUACAAACCAGUCCAUGAAGCUUAGCACACUCACUUUACACGAGACUGAAUAUGAUCUUGUUGAGGGUAUCACUGUAAGUACAAUGGCUUUAAAAGAACUCGAAGAAGCUUCUUUUGUUGAUGAUGAUGAUGAUGAUGAUGGUAGUUUAGUAAAAAUAAAAAGUGUGGGACUUGAAGACUUUGAAAUCUUGAAAGUGGUUGGCCAAGGUGCAUUUGCAAAAGUUUAUCAAGUCAGAAAACAUGGUUCAUCCGAAAUCUUUGCAAUGAAGGUCAUGCGUAAAGAUAGGAUUUUUGAGAAAGAUCAUGCUGAAUAUAUGAAAGCAGAAAGAGAUAUUUUGACCAAAGUUGACCAUCCGUUUAUUGUACAACUCAAAUAUUCAUUCCAGACCAAACAUAGAUUGUUCCUUGUUCUUGAUUUUGUGAAUGGGGGCCACCUUUUCUUUCAACUGUAUAGGCAAGGGUUGUUCAGGGAGGACCUGGCACGUUUCUACACUGCUGAGAUAGUUUCUGCUGUUUCGCAUCUCCAUGCUAAUGGCAUAAUGCACAGGGACCUGAAACCUGAAAAUAUUCUUCUAGAUGCUGAGGGGCAUGUUAUGUUGACUGACUUUGGGGUAGCAAAGCAAUUUGAUGAAAGCACAAGGUCAAAUUCCAUGUGUGGGACAUUAGAAUAUAUGUCACCUGAAAUUGUACAAGGGAGGGGCCAUGAUAAGGCGGCUGAUUGGUGGAGUGUUGGAAUUUUAAUGUAUGAAAUGCUUACCGGAAAGCCUCCGUUUAGAGGUGGAAACAGACAGAAAAUUCAGGAGAAAAUAGUCAAGGACAAGAUAAAGCUUCCGGGAUUCUUGUCAAGUGAAGCACAUUCGCUUUUGAAAGGGUUGUUACAGAAGGAUUCAAGCAGGCGACUUGGGAGUGGGACAGGUGGAGGCGAUGAGAUAAAAAAACAUGGUUGGUUUAAAGUGAUUAAUUGGAGGAAACUGGAGGAUAGAGAAAUAAAGCCAAGUUUUGUUCCACAAGUAGCUGGGAAGCAAUGCAUUGCGAAUUUUGAAGAGUGUUGGACAAAUUUGCCCCCGCUUCUGGAUUCCCCUUCUGCGAGUCCCAAAUUGUGA